CUUCCCCUUCAUGUACUUUUUCCUUCUAAUCCACAAACGACAAUAACCGCAACAAUGGCCGCUCCAUCUACUCGCGAAGAAAACGUCUACAUGGCCAAGCUCGCCGAGCAGGCCGAGCGCUACGACGAGAUGGUCCAAUUCAUGGAGAAGGUCGUCGAUUCGGUCACCUCCACUGACGAACUCACUGUCGAGGAGCGUAAUCUCCUCUCCGUAGCCUACAAGAACGUCAUCGGCGCUCGACGUGCCUCGUGGCGCAUCGUCUCCUCCAUCGACCAGAAGGAGGAGUCGCGUGGCAACCAGGACCACGUGUCGCUCAUUCGCGACUACAGAUCGAAGAUCGAGGCUGAAUUGACGGAGAUCUGUGGCGGCAUCUUGAAAUUGUUGGAUGAUAAAUUGGUUCCUGCUGCGUCUUCUUCAGAUUCUAAGGUGUUUUAUUUGAAGAUGAAGGGAGAUUAUCAUCGUUAUUUGGCCGAGUUUAAGACUGCCGAUGAAAGGAAAGUCGCCGCCGAGAAUACGCUUAACGCUUACAAAGCUGCGCAGGAUAUUGCAAAUGCUGAACUGCCUCCAACUCAUCCUAUCCGGCUAGGACUGGCUCUGAACUUCUCUGUGUUUUACUAUGAGAUUCUGAAUUCUCCUGAUAGAGCUUGUAACCUUGCAAAACAGGCCUUUGAUGAAGCAAUCGCAGAGUUGGAUACGCUUGGAGAAGAUUCAUACAAGGAUAGCACUUUGAUAAUGCAACUUCUCCGUGAUAAUCUCACUUUGUGGACCUCAGACAUGCAGGAUGAUGGAACUGACGAGAUGAAAGAAGCAUCCAAACCUGAGGAGGAGAAGCAGCAGUGAAGUAGUUAUUCUUAACAGUAUUUCACUUCUCUGUUUUUAUUUGGAGAAGUUGCCUGGUUCCACUGCUCAUUGGAUUAUGACUUUUUUAGGAGUUCAUGCUUUGAUAUGAAUGUUGAAAAUUUCUUGUUGAUUGUACUUUGGGUGUUCAGUUUAUUUUAAUUAACUGGGAUGCUUACUCUUAUGUUGUUUUCUUGGCAAUAAAGGAACUAACGGCCAAGCUAUAUAUUUAGCACAAGCUCAACAUUUGAAAGAUGUGUGUUUGAAUUUAAGAUUGAUGCAAGCUUACAUUUACACA